AAAAAAAAAAAAAAGGACUUGGUCAUCAGACGGUUUGUAGGUGAAAUAGUUAAGGCCAGAGGUGAUAAAAUAACAUAGGCACACUUAGCAUGAGCGGAGGGUGACGUCUAUACCUGGGAUAAAAAAGUGCUUCUACGGACACAUGUACCUAUAUUAUUACUCCUGCGCGCUGGCUGGUCCAGUAUGCGGCCGAGUUCGACAGCUGCUGCGCACAGACGUCAAUUGAAUUAACACCCAGGGGAUAAGCAAGAUACUUACUUACACUCGCACCGGUAACUGCAGCAGCGAUAGAUACACAUAUCUCAGGUGCAAAAUACAUACACAUAUCUUUGCCCGUACAAGUGUAUACACGCACAACGGGCUACUUGGAUGCAGAUCCCGAGAGAUCUUCCGGAGAUCGUUGUCGGGGCGGAGGAAGCAUCAGUCUCUCGAAGCUCGUGGGGAGGCCGACGGUGGUCCAAGCCCGCCACCAAUGCCACUCUACCUAAGACCCGCCAGAAACAACAGCGGCACCAGUCAUCGUCGGCGUAGCCAGUACCACCAGGGUAGCGACAACAACACCGGCAGUAUGGACGAAGCCGAGCUGACCGAGGCCUCGGAGCUCUCGGUUGUCGACGUCUACGACAUCGCCUCGGAGAUCGGCAAGGAGUGCGAGAAGCUCAUAGACUCGUACGGCGCCGAGUCCAUAGCCAAUCUCAUGCCCAAGGUGAUCAGCGCCCUUGAGCUCCUGGAAAACCUGGCGACCAAAAACGAGAGGGAGAACACGACCGUGCAGGAGCUUCAAGCCAAGGUGGCCCAGCUCGAGAGCGACAAGAUCGGCAAGGCCGAGGACAGACAACGAUUUGAAAAAGAGCUGGAACAAAUCGAGGAGCAUUGGAGGCAGGAAUCUCGCGACUUGUUGGAUAUGGUAACAAAGCUGCAGGACGAAAACAGGAGAUUAUCGGCUGUGGUGCAGGAAACGCGGAGCGAGAGCGAUGAUAGCGGUAAACAAACAUUCACGACGAGUCAGGAAGUUGACAUAGCGGUGCUGCAUCGUCUACGGACAAUGAUUGACAAGCAGAGGGAACAAAUACGACAGAGGGAUAGGGAGCUCGCGCACAAAGGCACGGAAAUGGAGAAUCUCAAGGACCAAGUGGACAAGUUGACCGUCGUCGGUAGGGAGCUGAAGCGAAAGCAGAGGCAAGCCCAGAUGCAGGCGCGCGGCUUGGUCGAGGAGAGGGCGGACUUUUUGGCCCAACUGCAGGAUCAAAACCGGGAGCUGAUCAACUUGCGCGCGAGACUGGGGCUCGCGCGGAAGGAGAACGAGGAUCUCUCGAAGUCGAAUCAGCCGUGCACAGAUUUGACGAACAAGGCCGUGUACGACCUCGACGAUCCGGAUCGGCCGAGGUUUACCACGGCCGAGCUCAAAGAAAUUCUUCACGAGAGAAACGAGCUGAAAGCGAGGGUGUCGGAUUUGGAGGAUGAGCUGGAAAUGUAUCGUCCAAAGGCGGAGCCGAAGGGGGAUGUUGAUGCACCUGUGCAAGGACCAUUACCGUACGAGCCGGACGAUGCGCCGUGGAAGAAAUCUUCAGAAUCUGGAAUACGCAAAUUUUUCAGGAAAAUUUUUUCGGAAACGAGUAGUAGUUUUUUAGGGGGUAGCAGUCCACGCCGAAGUCUUUCUAGUCUGUCGAAAAUGGCUCUUUCCGGUAACGGAAGCGAAACCGUGGUUUAACAUCUGCUGUGUUGGAACAAGGAAUAUUAAAAAAAAAUGCCAAACGAAAUUUGACAAGGGAAACUAAAACAAUGGAAUGAGAUUAGAUUUUUAAAAAAAUGAGCGUAUAAUUAAAUAAAUUAAAAAUGUCUACGUUUAAAGUUACGUUUGAAACUCAACUCGUGUCUAUUACUCAAGCCAGUUGCAGUUUAUAGUUGUUUACAUCUACGUGACACUAUUAUCAGAUCUUUCAUAUUCUCAAAUGUGUAUUUUAUACAAUAUAUUUAUUUCGCAAAGUUGUUAUCGAGUUGUUGUCUGUAUAUUCGAUUCAAUAUAGUACGAAAUUAAAGCGAGUUUAAGUUCCAACUUUUUUUUUUGCAUCAUAUUGUUAAUCAUAUUUUAAUAUUGUUUUUAAAUAAACUAAUUGCCAUUUAAAAAUGACUUUAGUUUUUAUUUUUCAUUUCAAUACAGUUUUAGAAGCCAUUUAUUGUAAACCAAUAAGUAAUUACGCGUAAUAAACAACCAGUUUGAUUUCACAAUUAUUUGAAGAAAAAAUUU